GAAAACUUCCAUACUCAGACAAAGAAACGGAUCUGGCUGAAAACAAUACUUAUUAUCUUGGGCCUGGCAGCAGGGAAGAAGACAAGUGGUGGAAAUCUUACAGUCUGCAAAGCAGACUGAAAGGUGACAUAGAAGCUGAAGAUGGGUGGUGGGGAGAGAUUCAACAUUCCAGUUUCCCAAUCUAGAAAUGUUAGUAAGAACCAACAGCAGCAACUUAAUAGGCAAAAGAACAAGGACCAGAAUUCCCAGAUGAAGAUUGUUCACAAAAAGAAAGAAAGAGGACACGUCUAUAAUUCAUCUGCAGCUGCAUGGCAGGCUGUACAAAAUGGGGGGAAGAAUGGACAUUUUCCAAAUAAUCAAAAUUGGAAUUCCAGCUUAGCAAGUUCCAAUUUAUUUUUGAAAUCCCAAACUAAUCAGAACUACGCUGGAGCAAAAUUUAGUGAACCCCCAUCACCGAGUGUUCUGCCAAAACCUCCCAGUCACUGGGUUCCAGUAUCCUUGACUCCUUCUGAUAAAGAAAUGACCUUUCAACUGAAAACUUUACUUAAAGUCCAGCUGUGAUGGGAGAUAACCGGCGUGCUGAUGUCGAAGUGUUUAGGGCUUCAGAUGGUUUAAGAAGAGCAAAUCAAGCCUGGGUUCCUAAACAUAAAAAUUUCUUGGUUGGGGAAAAUGCUAUCUUAUCUCUGUACAGCAGCUGACUGACGAUA